AUGCUUUUGUUUAGCUUAAUAAUGCGACCUAUCCGCGUGUAUAUACGGUAUCUAUCUAUCUAUCUAUCUAUCUAUCUAUCUAUCUAUCUAGUUCAGUCUUUUCAUACCUAUCUAUCUAUCUAUCUUUUCAUAUCUACUAUCUAUCUAGUUGAAUCUUUUCAUAUCUAUCUAUCUGUCUGUCUCUCUUUCUUUCUAGUUCAGUCUUUUCAUAUCUAUCUAUCUAUCUAUCUAUCUAUCUAUCUAUCUAUCUAUCUAUCUAUCCGAGUCUCUUCUUAUCUACCCCAGUCUAUCUACCAUUUUCAAGCCUCCAGUGUACAGACUUUCUCUCUGCUUCUAUUUCUCAUCUUUCUUCCUCUUUGUUAUUCUCUCUCUUAUACUUUUCCUCUCCCUCUCUCUUACACUUAUAGUCUUACUCUCUCUACUUCUUCCUUUAAUAUGCUCACACACAUACGCCAUUCUUUAUUGUCAUUCAUUAUCUGUACUUUAAAUCUCUUACACCAUCCCCCUCUCUCCCAAACACAUUCUGUAAUUCUCGCUUAUUCUUUCUCUCUCUCUCUUAUUCUGUUUGUUCCCCUAUCAAUCGCACUCUCAUUCUCUGUCACUAUUUCCUCUCAUUCUCUCUAUAACCUACACAUUCUCUCUCUCUCUCUUACACACAAUCAUCCUCGCUCUUAUGUGAACGCCCUCUUUACAUCUUUAUGA